UGCUGCUUGAGACUGCAAAGACGAAAGCUGUUCCGGAUAACAUCAAGAGCAGAAAACAUAUGUGUGCAUCAUGAAGUUUGCGGCUUUAGUCUGUUUGGUUGUUUUCUUCGCUGCAGAUGGGGAGUCCAUGCCAGUCGAGCAGGACAGCCAAAGAGAAGACCUGAUUACCCAGUGUUUAGUUCACAUCCUUUCAAAGGCACUUUAUAAGACCGAUGAUACUCCACUGCAUCCAGAAUGCAAAAACAUCCUUAGACCAGGUUCAGGUCAUUCAUCAGUUGUGAAAGACGAGGAUGACACCCUAGAACCAGUUCAAGAAGAACUUAUAAAGCCAAGAGGAGAGUCUAAAGUCAAGGAGGAACUCAUUGAGGAUCUUCUCAAAACUAACAAACGGGAGGAGAUGGAUGACGAGCGAAGCCAGGAAGAGUUCCCAAGUUUUCUGAAAAGAAGAAUGAAAGAAAAACGUGACGAACUGGAUGACGAACGAAGCCAAGAAGAGUUCCCAAGUUUUAUGAAAAGAAGAAUGAAAGAAAAACGUGACGAACUGGAUGACGAGCGAAGCCAGGAAGAGUUCCCAAGAUUUAUGAAAAGAAGAAUGAAAGAAAAACGUGACGAACUAGAUUAUGACCGGAGCCAGGAAGAGUUCCCAAGUUUCUAUAAAAGAAGCAACAAGCAUAAAAGGGCAGAUCCCGACGAUGAGAGAAGCCAAGAGGAAUUUCCCCAGAAAAGACACGUUUCUGUCCUUUACAAACGUGAUAAUCUUGAUGAGGAGCGCAGCCAGGAGGAAUUCCCUCUGUAUGAUUAUAAAAGGACUCAUCUUCUGACCAGCAAAGAAAAACGUGAAGAGUCGGACUAUGAUAGAAGCCAAGAAUUAUUCCCAAGUUACACCCACAAAAGAAACCAUGGGGAUGGAGAAGAAGAGGAUGAGGAGAGUGAGGAAAGAGAGAAGCGGAUCUGGAAGCCAUCACAUCGAUACCACCACAAGAAAAAGCAACACAAACGCAGUGAGAAUGAGGAUUUCGAAGAACCAGACUAUUACAGAAGUCAAGAAGACUUCCCAAGCUACAGCCAAAAAAGAAGCCAUGGGGAUAGCAGGGACUAUAAACCAAAUGAAGACCUGCUGAACAAGCAUAUUAAUGAGGACUUAAACUCUCGGGAAGAGAGAUCUGAAGAGGUAGACGAGGAUACAGCAAAGCGAUACUGGAAACCCACCCAUAGAUACCAUCAUAAGAAGCACCACAAAAGACCCGUGGAAAAAAGGUACGAGGACUCAGAGGAAAGUGAGGAAAUGGAUAAAAGGAUCUGGAAGCCAACACACAGAUAUCACCUUAAGAAGCUUCAUCACAAGCGUGGCGACUCCACAGAGCUCAAGGAUGAAGAUGAACCCAUCUCACAGAAGACUCACAGUCUCCAUGACUCAACAGGCAAUGAAGAGGAAGAAGAAGAAAAUGUUCAUGAGCUUAAUGAAAAGAGGCGUCCCUUAACCAGCCAAGAGGAGGAAGAUGAGCUGAAGAAAGGACACCCGAGUUUUGUAGAGGAGAAGCAGGACAGGGAGGCUGCGUUGCGGUACCUAACAAAAAAGAAGAAUGAGUUAAAGGAACGUCUACUUAGCAAAGGUGAUGUCUAUGAGAAGCGUUCCCCAUGGAUUUACAGAGGAUUCUACCAUCCAGCCUGGUACAAGAGAGGCCAUAAGGUGGAUGAAAGUACUGACCAGCACCCCUACCAUAAACUAGAGGACUUUGCUGAGACUCUCCGGUACAAAAGAGGCCUGCUUACUAAUGGGGAGUCAUUCGAGGAGGAAAAGGGUGUCCCCCAACAGAAGCUUCUCACACCAGAGUUAAAAGAACUUGAGAAACUGGCCUCUGUGGAUCAACAGAUGAAAGAGACAACUUAACCAUUCGAGACAUCAUUUUCUUGCCCUGCCCGAUUUCAGUGAGCUUUGUGUGUUCUUUUGCUGCUUUAGAUGAAUGCAUUACUAUAUGUCGUACCUGAUUACAACAAC